UACAAGAAAAAGUACCCACACAGGCACACAGAGGUUUUGACGAACUGAGUUCACAACAAGUUCAUAUUUCUAUUGUAGAAGACAGACAACGCCAUUCCAUUCAUUCAAAGCUGUGUAUAGUUCUUGAGACGGACUCGCUGCGCAUCCUGCUUUACUCUUUGAUCUUCCUGCUCAGCGUCUUUGGCAACCUGCUUAUCAUUGUGGUCCUGAUGCUGAACAAGCGCAUGCGGACCGUCACCAACUCCUUCCUGCUGUCGCUGGCGGUCAGCGACCUCAUGAUGGCCAUCUUCUGCAUGCCAUUCACCCUCAUCCCCAACAUCCUGGAGGACUUCAUCUUCGGGGGCGCCAUGUGCAAGACGGUCUCCUACUUUAUGGGGAUCUCUGUCAGCAUUUCCACCUUCAGCCUUGUGGCCAUUGCCAUCGAGAGAUACAGCGCUAUUUGUAACCCGCUGAAGUCCCGAUCCUGGCAGACCCGAUCCCACGCCUACCGCGUCAUUGCGGCCACCUGGGUGGUGUCACUGAUAGUCAUGGUGCCCUACCCAGUGUUCAGUGUCCUCAAGUCUUUCCCAAAGAGCAACGGUACUGUUGGCCACAUGUGUCGCCUGGACUGGCCCAGCCAGCAAGCUGAGCAGACCUGGUAUGUGCUGCUGCUGUUCACUCUGUUCUUCAUCCCAGGAGUGGUGAUGAUUGUAGCCUACGGUCUGAUCUCCAGAGAGCUCGUCCGAGGCAUUCAGUUUGAGCUGGGCCAGAACAGAGAGACUACCGGCAAGAAGAACGGUAUAGGAAGGGCUGUCACAGGUUCGAAUGAUGACGACGAUGGUUGCUACAUCCAGGUGUCUAAAAAACCCUCUUCUGCUCUAGAGCUCCCCACACUCUCUGCCUCGACUGGUGCCACCCAGGCCAAACCUGAGCGCGCCCGCAGCAACACCUCAGAGGCCAAGCUGCAGGCCAAGAGGAGAGUCAUCCGCAUGCUGAUGGUGAUUGUGGCGCUCUUCUUCAUUUGCUGGAUGCCCCUGUACUCAGCCAACACCUGGAAAGCCUUUGACCUGAAGUCAGCCUCCAAAGCCCUCUCAGGCGCGCCCAUCUCCUUCAUCCACCUGCUGUCCUACACCUCAGCCUGCGUCAACCCCAUCAUUUACUGCUUCAUGAACACGCGCUUCCGCAAGGCCCUGCUGUCCACCUUCGCCUGCUGCUGCCGCAACUGGCUCUGUCGCCAGUGCUGGUGGUGCAGGAAGAGGGAGGCAGGAGAAGACGGCCUCACCGCCGCUUCCAUGGCCACGUCGAUGGCCACCUCUAUGUCGAAGUUCAGCUACACCACCGUUAGCACCACCGGCACCUGCUGAGCCUCAGUGAGAGCUGGGUGGUCGCAUCAGUGGCUAACGAGCAGCGGUUACUGUGCGCACCAUCUGCUUUUUUCAAUCUUGUUUUUCACUCUUCAUCUUAAUAUGCCAUGAGUCAUGUGCUGAGUAAUAUCGCUGCCCUCAUUUAUGAGGCCUUUUUAAAAGGUCUCCUUCAAAUUCUGUGUGCAUGGUUGCAGAAAGUGAGGCGGGGAAAAUGUCGUUUCAGUUUGGUGACAUUAUUUUUUUCUUCUGUUUAAUUGGCAGCAUCCGCUUUGUUGCAUCCUGAAGAGAACAUCAAGUGCCUGUGCUCUUUGUGUGGCUUCGUUUGUCAUGGUGGUUUGUUCACUGGCUCAGACAAGACAUUAUAGUGACAAACUGCGCUCAAUAUAUUAAUCUUGCGUACUUGUAAAUACUGUCUUCAUGUUCUUACUGUGCCAAAUGUUCCUUUUUGACAGAGAAAUACUGCUGAACAGUGAGGACUCAUUAACUGAGUAAUGAUUCAGUAUGGAUUUCCUUUUGUGUUUAAUGUUGCUUCAUCUUCAUUCAUUCAGGGCAUUUCUCUCUUGCAGUUAUCCGUAUUAUUCUGCUAAAUAACUUGGACAUUGUUGGGUCAAUAUCAAUGGAAACAGAGUUAGUCCACCUUUUUCCGGACAAGCUUCUUGCUCAGCUUUGACAGUGUUUUGCUCUUAUGAGUUUUGUUUCAUCACUUCCUGUGUGUAAAACAGAUUUCCUGCAAAUAUCCAAACACCAAAAUCCAUUCAGUUGGGUUAUUUUGUCGGCUUCUUAUAACAGGAUGUUUUUGCAGCACAGCUUUGUGAUUCAGACUGAUAAGGCAGGUGCAUGUUAACGUAAACAUCUUCAAGAUAAACAUCUGAAGACUGUAAUUAAGCCUUACUUCUUGGCAUACAUAAAUAAGAAAGCCUGGUGUUUAGAAACAGGCAAUUUUCUUUUACUCUAGUAAAACAAACUGGGAUGAAACAGGCUUGGUCAUGGGACUUAAACCUACUAUUGCCACUGCUACAAAUGUGUGUUAAAUACCGAUGCAGACAUUGACAUCAGGAUGUGAAUUAACAGAAAAGGUGCUGAUGUUCUAUCCAUGAAAGGCUGAAGGCACCUGCUUGUUACUCCAAUGUGCCCCUGCGACAAAUGGCAAACUCACCUGUUCUGCUCAAUUAUCUCUGUGGUGUCUUUUUAUGUAUUCUCUCUGCCUUCCGCUUCAGUGCUGCCAAUUACUCUGAGCAUUACCUAAGCACAAAGGCCCCAUUUCCAGGCUUAGACUAACGAGGUGUUUCUCAGGGACCCUGUCCUGCAGUGCAACUCUCACGGCUUUGCCUUUAUAAAACUGAAGCCAAAUGGCUCCGCUAACACACCACAUCUGAGCCCUUCAAUUCUUUAAUGAUAAUAACAAUAAGAUCAACAACUUGAUUUAACAACAAUAAAUAAUAAUUAAAAACAGGGCGAAACAGCUUGCACGGCUCUGUCUAAAGCUAAAAAAUCCACUUACAGAACCUCUAAAGCUCUCAGCUUGUGCAGAUUUGUGUAAAAUGUAUAAUAAUUUAUAAUGCAGAACGUUUAUUGUGGGCUUGUGGUGUCAUUUACUUGACAGCCCUGUUGGGCUUUGAAGCUAAAGUUUUGGGACAUUUGGGUAAAUACACUUGUUAUUUUCUGACAGAGAGGUAGAUGAGAAGACGUACACCACUGAUAUCUGUUCAUAAUAUGCUAUAGUCAGCAGCCGGUUAGUUUAGCUUAGCAAAAGACCAAUAUU